AGGAUUUUCUAGGUUUAUUAUUUUUUUUACACUGCUUGGUUAUUCAUCAGGUACAAAGGUUGAAGAAAAACAAAGUGCUGUUUCACCGUGUUAUUUCUUCUCAGUGCACUGAAAAAUCUACACAUGUGUACACAUGAUACCUCUAAGAAGCAACAGAAAGGCUCCAAACAUGAAACACUAUUGGCUUGUGAUCUGGGCUGGAACACUGUUUUUGAGUCCAGUCACUGCUGUCUGCAACAUUACUUCACAAAUCGUUGCUUGUGAGGAGUCUGGAAAGGACCUCUUUAAUAUCUCAUUCUACCUUUUUCAAAAUGUUACUAAAUUAAGCCUCAAAAACAAUAAAAUCACUUUAGAAGAUCAUGACAAAGAGAUUCUUGGACGUUUUAUUAACCUCACUGAACUUCAUCUGAAUGAAAACAACAUUACUGUACUGAACAAUAACAGCUUCUACAACCUGAAAAAUCUUAUAACUCUGGAUAUUAGCAACAAUUGUAUUAGCACAGUUCAUAAAGCAGCAUUUGCAGGACUAAAUCAACUCUCAGUGUUGAAUCUAUCCUAUAACAUGAUUGCUCAGCUGGAUUCAGAAAUAUUCACUUCUCUCAAAAGCCUGACAGUUUUAAAUCUACAGUAUAAUUUUCUGAAAUAUUUUCAUAUAAAAUCAUCUUUUAAACUGGUUAAAAUUGUUUUAGCUGGAAACCCAUGGAUCUGCUCCUGUGAUCUCCUUGACUUACAGAUAUGGCUAAACACCUCCAGUGUGAUAUUAGAAAAUGAAAGCAACACUACAUGUACAUUUCCAAACAAGGAAAAAAUCUCAAUCAAGAUGGCAACUGACUGCAAAACUGAAAAGACUCCUUUAGAAAACAUUGAAACUUCCACUCCUGCUGUUAAUCUUAGAAGUAGUGCCUUAAUAACAGCUCAGACUCCAAAGAACAUCACUGGAAACAAUGGAACUCGUGCAGGGCUACCACUUGUUGGCAAAAGUUGGACCUUCCUAGCGGGUGUCCUAGGAUUUGUCCUAGGCACGACACUCCUGAUUUUUACUGCUGUAAAAUGCCCGGCAUGGUAUCACUACUUGAUGAGCUACCGUCACCGUCGUCUGGAAGAAAAUGACUCAGAAAGGUUUGAACAGGAGUUCUCAGCUGACAUCAGCUCUUCUUCAGUAUUGGGUACAAGCAGUGAAGAACCCAUUGUAAUAUUUGAGAAAGCUCAUGCAUGUGGAGAUGAAGAAGAUGGAUUUAUUGAGGAUAAAUACAUAGACAUAUAUGCAAAUGAGGAGUGUUAGUAUCUUAAACAAGAGAUGCUGAACUAACAUUUCAAAAACAUAGUACACUUGUGCUUCCAUUGUAUGCUUUAUUACAUACAAUACAGAAUGAAGUUAUGCAGUCUACCUCCCUCAUCUUGCCAAAUCCGUAGUAAGAUUUUACUGCAUCAGUCAUUAAGUUAAAAAAUGGGGUCAUAUGCAUGCAUUACUGGUACAAAAAAUACUUCAACACCUGCAAAAAAUACUCAUAAUCCACUUUUUAUAAUAAUGUAUUUGGCUAUUCAUAUUGGGGGGCUUACUGUAUAUUGUUUAACAUGAAAAAAGUAGCAGGUGAAGCUGGCAUAAUCAUUAAUGAUUUCAUUGUGAAGAGGUCUAGAAGAAAAAAAUAAUUUCUCUAAAAUAUUGAAACAGACCACAGACAGACUAGGGGCUUGCUCCAAAUCAGUGUUGUAACAGUUCUGCAGUCUAUUGGGCAAAAGUAACACAAAGAGAGAAUGGAGCAUUUGGAUAUUUUUUACCCAAAUUAGCAAAGCAAGAAAGACCAACUGCUCUAUUCCCAAAAAUGUGUAUGUGUAUGUGAAACGAUAAAUUACCGUUAAUGCAUUGCUACUAAACCAAGUAUUUUCUCUUCAUAUUUUCUUAACACUUAAAAAUGCAUUCAAGGUGGAACUGACACAUUUGCAAGCUGUUGAAAACUACAGUUCUAAUGCAAUGUGACAUUAUUAACUGGUAAACUGGUUGCUUUGGAGUGCUUAUGGGUACAUAAAAUCUCACUGCUGAGAUUGCUUUCACUAGGAACAAGCACACGCAGGCUCAUACAGUUUUCUCCUGCACCUCUCUUGUGCCUAAAUUAACUAUCAAUACACAAGCCAUUUUCAUGGCUUACAAAUUCUUAUUGCAAGCACCUCACCACCUUCAUCUUUCCCUCUACACAGCCCCAACUAACUUGCUAGGUGAAGGUCUAGUUCCCACUCCUGCUUGCUUUCUUCACUCUGCUACUCCACAACAAAACUUCCAAAACUUGAUUUGGCAGAUUGCCAAAGGACAGGAGUCCCCACUGCCACCUAACUGUUCCUGGAUGUAAUGGUAAUUAUCUUCAGAUGAGUAACCAGAGUUUAACACUAGGAAAUCGAGCUGCCAUCUGGCACUAAUGUAUCACCUUGAAAUUGUUCAGCUAACACUUGUGAUAUGUAUUGCACUGUUAGGGUAACAGGUAACAUGUCAACUUUCCCAAACUGAGUUAUGAGAAAUUGAGUUAUUCCAAGAUGAAAAACAUACACUUAAUGUACUUA